ACGCUGCAGACAACGUUAGUUCCGGUUUCACUCUUUCAUGUUGACGGUGAAUAUUUUGUAACCGCUGGAAUCAAACUGGAAAUCUAAAGAAGGUUCGAGCGAUUAGUUCAAAGUGAAGAGAGAUAAUUUGUGUGGAGACGAACACGAUGAGAGUCUUUGUUCUGCCGCUGUGGUUUACACUCAUCGACGCAGGCAGCGUGCUUCUGAGAGAGGUCCAAGCUCUGACGUUCUACAGAAACCAGUACACCACAGCCAGGCGCUCCAGCCCCGUUCCUCAGCUGACCUGUGUCGGUGGCUCAGCGGGCUGCCAGGCCUUCGUCCCAGACGUGGUCCAGUGUCGAAACAGCGGCUGGGAUGGUGUGGACGUUCAGUGGGAAUGUAAGACAGAGAUGGACCGCUCGUACCGCUUCGGUCGUGUUGAGGUGAGCUGUGAAGGUUACAGCCACCCGUCUGAUCCCCACGUGCUGAGAGGCUCCUGCGGACUGGAAUACACCCUGGAACUGACCGAAGGCCUGAAAAGGACUCAAGGCGGGGCUGGAUCUAAAGGACGGGGAGGUCUCGGGGAAUACGUCUCCAGUUUCUUCAGCAGCUCUUUUCAAAGCGUGCACCAGAACCAUCAGUCGUCAGACAGUGAGCGUUCAGGAGACCUGCUGGUUGUCGUCGUGCUUCUUCUCUUAGCAUUUGGUGUCUUCAAGCUGUUCUUCAGUGGUGGCACAGCCCCUGUGGGCCAAGCUGGUGGACAGGAUGGGUCUCCUCAUGACGGUCACCACAGCUCCACGGCAGGACCACCCCCACCAGGUUUCAAACCGGACUACACAGGCUUUGCUGGUUCUAAUCCAAGCUAUGGUUUCCACAACGAUUAUGUUCAUGGACAUUACCCACGAGACCGCAGUGCUCACGUCCCAAACGGAGGCUUCUGGACCGGCAUGGGAACAGGAGCAGUGCUGGGUUACCUGCUUGGUCGUCAGAGGGACCAGCCCAGCAGAGUACCAUCUACAAGAAACGACGGCUCUGCUGGGACUCGCACCGCUACAGGUUUCGGAGGAACCAAGAGAAGAUAGUUAUGGAUGAAGACGGUGUCCAUGGUGGACGGAACGGACAGAGAAACAGUGAAAUUAUUACGACUAAAUAUUGU